AACAAUGAGGAAGAUAAAACUGCAACUUUUAAAAAUAGGGAAAGAACACCCCUAGGUUUACAAAGUUAAACUCUAAAAUGCUGGACAAAUCCAGACCUAAGGCUGCUUUUGGAGGGAUAGUUUGGCCUCCUUUUCCCUUCCCCCACACAAUGUGUAUGAUGUGACAUGAUUUAAUUGUUUGGCUGCAUGCUAUUUUUCCCACAGGACUAGUGCCUCAUUCAGUGUAAACUCAGGACAGCGUCUGGGAAUGAAGCUGGUCUCUGCAUUUUCUGGACUAAGUGUGUGGCUAGAAGCCCCAUUUAUCACCACCUAACCCAGACACCGUACUGCUUUCAGAGCUGACAGCUUCUUCAUGAGGUUUUCUGGGGUGGCUUCCCUGCAGCCUCUGACUAUUUAUCACCACAGUGUGCCUAAAGACAUUCUUCUUUUGGAUUCAGCGCUGUACCAUAAAUUCCUGCUAAAUUACAGGAAUUACAGCCACGGGUGCUCAUUUUCGUGGAGAAAGCCACGGCUGUCGGUGUGUGUGUAUUGCCUAGCAGAAAACCAUGGGCAAUUUCAAAGGGCAUGCCCUCCCUGGAAGCUUUUUCCUUCUUUUUGGCUUGUGGUGGUCAGUGAAGUAUCCACUGAAGUAUGCCUGUCGAAAAAACAAGAAUGCUUGCUACCUUGGCUCCAGGGCAGGAUUCCAGCGCCUGGAGUUUGUUGAGGGCAUCAUCAAAGCUGUCUUUGCCCUCAUUGGGAUGGUGGCUGAGCAGUUUGUUCCUGAUGGACCCCAUCUGAAGCUGUACAACUACGAGAAGAAGCACUGGGAUCACCUGAUGAACUGGCAGCAUGCCACCAUGUACCUCUUCUAUGGCAUUUCAGGGCUGGUGGACAUCGUGGCUCACGGGACCAACGCGCUGCCAGCGGCCAUGGACAGGAUGAUGCUUUCUGUAGCAGUCUUCAUUGAAGGUUUUCUCUUCUGCUACCAUCUUCAUGGGAGGGCCAUGCUGGACGUUCAUGUUCAUCAGUUACUGCUAUUUGCUAUCUUUGGAGCUGCUGCCUGCAUAUUUUUGGAAGUUUUUUUCCGUGGCAGUAUUGUGCUAGAGAUGCUCCGUACAAGCCUCUGCAUAUUACAGGGCAGCUGGUUCUGGCAGAUUGGCUUUGUGCUUUAUCCUCCAAAUGGAAGCCCAGAGUGGAAUCAGACAGAUCACACUAACAUGAUGUUCCUGACCAUGUGCUAUUGCUGGCAUUAUGCUUUUGCUUUUCUUAUACUUGCAGUGAAUUACACAAUUGUCAGCUGGGCGGUCCGUUCGAAGGUUAAGCAGUCCCAGUCCAUGGAAAUGGGUUUACUGAAAACAUCUGAACGAGAUCAUGAGUCAGAAGAAGAAAUUUAGCAUGAGUAUGUCUUGACCAGUUUGCCCACUCCAACUAUUAGGCUAAUUGAUACCUCAUUUCUACAUUUUUUUGCCAUCUUAUUCAUUUUUUACUGUGACUUGCUUUGAAAAUAUCAAUCCCCUAUGAUGCCUACAUCUAUACAGUUGUUUUUUGGGUUUUUUUUUUGUGAAGUGUAAGCUUGAUAUUGAUUCAUGGUGGUUGCACUAGUACAUUGCUUAUCAUAUGCUUCACAGAAAAUCAGACUAGUAUUAGACAGACUUGAUGUGGAUGAGGUGGCACAAUGAAAUCUGUAUGUUUGCCUUAUUAAAAGCUAAGCAACAUGUUUUUCAGCUGCUGCUGAACGUGAAGUUUCCAUAAUCAGGGUGUCUAAAUAUGUGUGUUGGUUGCCUUGCAAGUACCUGUGGAUAAAUAACUGUGCAGACCUAGACAACAGUAGAAUAAGAUAAAGAAACCACAGUCUUGCAGCUGUUCUGUGUAACAAUUUUGUGUCUCUGCCUGUGGCUUUAUGUUAAACAGGAAGAACUUCUCACUGUGAGCCCAUUGAGUGGUUCACUGAAGAGUGUGGAGUGUGUUCCCCCCCAGAGACACCACCACACCUGGCAGGAGGACCAAAGAUGUGUAUGGUGAUCAAAACCCAGUGUGGUUGUUUGUGCUUGUGCCCAGACAGUCCUGUCUCCUUGCUGUCCUUUGACUUUUCAAGGCAGUGGAAGUGACCCUGCCUUCCCUUGGUGCCUGGAACAAUUUAUUUUCCAAAAAGGCUGAGGGGUGUCCAGACAGGCAGCGCCUAACUGCAAAACCAGUUUCUUUCCCAAAGCUAUUUCCUUUCCUUAGGUGGAAUUUGGUGGAUUUCUGCAAGAUUCAGAGCAGACAUGUGACCCACGACCUGAGUCAGGAGUGGGUAAUUCUGCUCUGUGGGCAGGAUGAGAUGGUUUUACAUUUUACAUUUAUCAUCCCUUCAGUCACCAGGCAGCCUGCACAGUGCUGCACAGUGAGCUGUGGGAGGGCAGAUGUUGCCUUCUUAGUAGCUCCAUACCCAGCUACCAACACCAGUGAGGGAAUUAAAAAAUAACACCACUUUUAAUUGCAUUUAUUUUCUCUGUGCAAACUGAUGUAGUGAAAAGCAUAGUGUUCAUGGCUAAUGGCAGCAAAAUGAUUUCUUGACAAAGCUAGCUAAUAAAACAGUUUGUGCCUCAAGGGAUCCCAAGACCAAAAAAAUCCUUACAGGCUUUUUCUAAAACUACUUUACCUUCAGUACAACAUAAAUAUUUACUUUACUUUUCAGACCUACCUUUUAUCUCCCCUUUUUCAAAGAGCACCUUUCUAAGCUGCACAUGCUGUGAAUGCUGUAUUUUAGUCUGUCAGAUUUGUCAGUGCCUUUCUAAAAUCAGUGGUGUUGUUUAUUCUGAAGGAGAUCAUCAGAAACUACUUUGCUUCUCACAGGCAGGAGCAAUGCAAAUUUCUUCACUGCUUUUCUUGAUAAAUACAUUUAAUACCAUGUCAAUAUUAAGGUGCUGUAUCUCUAAACUAAAGAGAUAACCUAAGCAGGAUGAAAAGCACAAUAAACUUCCUGAGCUUUUGUGUGUUUUCUUAGAAGACUUCAGUUGUUAAUUUUUAAAAUAAUUUUAGGUGUUUGCCAAGUAUUGUGGAGUAACACCUGUAAACAGGUGCCAGAUUCUCCAGAUGAAUCUUCUUUGGAAAGCAAGAGUAGUUGGCUCGCAUACAUUUCUACACUUACAAAUGUCAAGGAGGAAAUUGCACAUUGCUAGCCAAACAUCACUGCUUUUCUGAGCAAUUGUUGGCCUUUUUCCAGUGCCUUUCUCUGAAGGUUCUUGGAGAUUUUGGCAAACUUUAGUAAAGCCCAGGACAUUCUUGUAAGAUAGGUAUUGAUAUGGUAUAUUUGUGGCUCUGUGUCUCAGCUUUAAAGUGGUCUUACUACAAACUCUGAAAUAAUUCUAUUUACUCCACUCUGCAAAUCUAAGACUGGAGUUUGAUUACUGUGGUUCCAUUAAAAUCAGAUUUUCUGUAGAAGGAAGAUCCAGGGCUUCCCUGAGGAGCUUGCCUGUUAAUUGCAGCAGGGAUACAUUUGCCAAAUGUGUCCCUGUCAGGAUCUUACCUUCAUUGCACCACAUCACUGUUGUCUCUAAAUCGUGGGGAUUGUUUUUUAAAGGGCAGAUCCUUUUUCCUGUUAGAAUGGUUGAGCUACAAAGCUUCUGUAGUCUGGGCAGAGAAGACGAUGGUUGUGCAUCAAAGAGAACUUGGGGAUUAUUACAAAACUCUGUCACAGUAAUAAAAUCAAUUGAUGAAGUGAACCUCACGGGCGAGCUGUGCGCAGGGAAGGUGCUUAGCAAAAUCUCCUUUUGAAAACAAUUCCCUGCUCUUACAGAAGCAAAAAGUGACAGUACUUGAGCUCAUGGGACAGAGAAUGGCUGCCUGAUACUGUUCCUCCCGUGGGGAGGAGCUGGGGACUCUGGCUCUGUCCUUAUCCAGCAGUGGCUGUAGAGCUGGGUGUUUUUGCGGAAAAACUGAGCAGGAUUUGGCCUGCUGAGAGGUAUCACCUGCACCUCCCUCUGUGUCCCUGCUGUGAAUCUCCUGGAAAUGAUCACAGAACUGGACGAAUAAGCCCAACACAUGUCUGCUGGUUUCUGUAAGAGCACGCUUAGCAAAGACACCUCUAAAGAAGCUCAAACUGGAGGCUGAUGCAGUCUGACACAGAAUUGUAGGGCAGGCUUGCUGCAAAAGGCUCUCUCCUCACAUUAGAAAAUGUGGCACUGCAUUAUCAAGCUUGGAGAAAUGCAAGGAAAAACAGAUCCUGAAGUCUCAAAGAAACAGCAGGUUUUGGAAUUUAAUUUUUAAUACUUACAGGACAUGGAAAGUGAGUGUCAUAGCAUGGGGUUUGUGUCUGACAAGUGUGUGGUGCCACAAAGGAAAGGAACACCCUAUUUCAGAGUGAGAUUUUGCUAUAUGGAAUGCCUGACCCAUUCUCCUGUGUUGUAAAGAGAUGCCUAGGAACAGUAGGGCAUCUAUGACAACGAAAAUGGUACAGCCUUCAUAAUUUCACAAGCAGCAGGUAUUGCCUGAGUUGAAUGAGGGGAGGGAAGUCCAACAAGUUUACAAACACCAUUCAGAAAAGGGAAGCUGCUCUCAAGAAUAUUUAAAUUAUUUUAAAAUAUUGGUGCCUUUGAAAAACUAUAUGUUAGUUUUUACUAGACAAAAUACACCUGUAAUUUUAUUUAAAUAAAAUUGAUUUAUUAAUGUAA